AGUGUGAACUGUCUUAUGGAGAGAAAGUGUGGGAGAAGAGAAGGUAUAAAUCAAAUAGGAUGCAUGUGGAUGUUCAUCAGCAUCUUUGGAUCUAACCAGAAACGUCUCUUGAUGGAUAAGAAACAUAGAAGCAAAAGAUUUGCAGGUAAUAAUGAGAGUGUUCAGAAACUUAUUGAAGAGGAUAUAGAUGUUUCUAUUGCUGGUGAUGAACAUGUGGAGAAUAGGGCUUAUAAGGAUGAAUCUGAAGAAAAAUUCAGAGAGAUAAUCAAGCGGUUGAUAGCUCAGAAAGAAGGAGAGAUCCAAACAUGUAAGGACUUGUUGGAAGCUUUUAACGUUUUGGGUUCUGAAGAAGAAUCACCACUCCUCAAGAAGAAGACUUCACAUGAAGAUGCUCAAAGCUUGGGAGGUUCCAAGAGAGUAGAGGAAGAAGAAGAGGCUGUGGUGUUACCGAAGAGGAGAUGUAACUUCUUCAGCAAGAAAUGGAGAUCAGAAGAGAGGAGAAACAGAACAUCUCAGGCUGCAAAAACUAUUGUUGUUCUAAAACCUGCUCCAAAUGGUUUAGUUGUUGAUUCUGCAGGCAACAAGCCCAAAACCGGGAGAACCUUUUCCCGGUUUAUUACCGGUUUGAUCAAAAGAAGACUGGUACAAUCUGCCGUUGGAAGGAAGUCAUGUGAUUUACAUGAUGAUAAGAGCCAAAACCCUUGCGUGCAAGAAAAGAUACAGAGUAAAUCCGGGAAGCAUGUUUCAGAUGAAGAAGAACCAUUAUGUAGUGAAGAUUCAAAGAAGAUAAUGUCAGGUUUGUAUAUUGCAGCAAGGAAACACUUGUCUGAGAUGCUAGCAAAUGGAGAUAUAGAUGUGAACUUACCAGAUAAGGAAGUACCAAGAAUCUUGGGGAAGAUUCUUUCUCUCCCUGAGUUCUCAUCACCAGGAGAUAGCCCUAUACUGAUUCCAGCUCAUGAUUUGGUUAGCUCUCUUAUCCCUUUAAGCGAAACAACCGAGGAACCAGAGAUUCUGCAAUGCAGUGAAGAAGAUUCAGACAAAGAUGAUGAGACAUUGUUUACCAUAGAUGUCUCUGUUCCCAUAGAUCAUUCAAUGCUUUCAGACAAGACACAGAUAGAACCAUUAUCUGAAACUAGCAGCUCUUCCAUUUCCAGACAAGAUGACCAUAUUGAUGAACAUGUGCUUGAAUGUUGUGAAGAAGAUGGAGAUAAGCAACAAUUGAAUAAGGAAAUGAUGUUGGACCAAGUGCAUUCACUAUCUUCUCCUCCAGAAUCUCCACAAAGUUCUUCAGUGAAGAUGACUAACUGCAAAGAAACUGUCUCUGAUGUGCAGGGAGAGUUAAGUCCUGUAUCUAUCCUAGAGCCUCUGUUUACAGAUGAUGAGAAUAGCCCAACAACAAACACAAGAUUCAGUUCAGGUGAAAUGAGGAUACAACCACUUUGUAUAAGAUUCGAUGAAGCUGCUGACUCUCCAAAACAAGACAAACCCAACAAUCUCAAAACAAGCAUAGAUGACAAGGAGUUGACACUUGCAUACAUUGAAGCCGUUGUGAAAUCCUCAGGAUUGAGCUGGGAAGAGCUUUUGAUUAGACCCUUUUACUCUGAACAGUUUCUUGAGCUAGAAUCAACAGAUGACAUAGCUUUCUGCUCUACACAUCUCUGUGAUGACAAGAAUCUCCUCAACGACUGUAUCAAUGAAGUUCUUAUGGACUUUUGUGAGAAUGAGUUGAAUCCUGGCCCUUGGAUUACGUUCUUGAAACCUGAAGUCCAGCUAAUCUCAGACGUGGAAGUUGCAGCUAAAGUGGCACAAGAAGGGGUUUACUGGCAUCUCUUACCUUUGCCUUCUCCUCACACUUUAGAUCAGAUAGUGAAAAAAGACAUGGCUAAACCAGGAAGCUGGAUGGAUCUCCGGUUUGAUAUUGGUUGGAUUGGUUCCGGUACAAGUGAAUUGAUCCUUGAUGAUUUAUUAGAAGAGAUCAUCAGAGCUGAACCAAUGCAGGAACAGAACAGCAAGAGCUUGUGAUAAAGGAUCUUUGUUUUAACCUUUUGUUUUUUUUUAUCUUUGUACAGUUUCACCGCCACUGCAAAGGUCAACGAUCUUUAGUUGACCUUUCUAGUGCAAUGGCACAACCAGAGCUUUUUUUUUUAAAACAUUGGCAAAGAUUUUAAAUAAUUUUCAACCUAAAUACUCUGUUUUUGCUUUCAAGUGGCUUCUAUAGUUUACUCAGCCAAGAGAGUUU